GAGGAUCGUGUAGCAAGGCGCAUGCAAUAGCAAGACAAACGAGAGGUGCUGAGGUAGAAGGAGAGCCUGAAGGUCCUGAUAGGAACGACUUGUGCUGAGCUACAUUAGGAUAUUCUUGAACCAAGCUCGCUGUUUUGGUCUGUCUUGGCCUGCUCAGGACUGGAGUCAAGCAUAUUUAUUCUCCGACUGGUCUCUCCGACGUUUUCACCAGAGACACAGAUUCUCUAGACAUGUCAGAUUCUGAACAGAAUCUCCAAGAUUCUUUUGCUGUAAGGAGGAUGUAUCUUCGAUCCAACUUGUCUUCUAGUGGGUCCUAUUCGAGCAGCGCGUCGUCCUCUCUAGGCACUCUAUCUCCAGUGUACCCGGCACAGAUUCGACCUGCUUCAUCAUGCUUUGAUGGCCGCAUCACGAUUCCGAAAAGGUUCCAGUUUGCAACGGCAUCCAGGUCUCGCAGGACAACCUUGCCCACUGGAGCUAUUCCUGGGAAGAACGAGCUUGGAACCUCUUUGCAAGCUCGGAUCAAGGAGAGAAGUGUUUUCCUCAACCCGCCGAAAGAGCACAGGUACGUCAACCAUGCUCUGCAGGGAAGCAUCAGGAUUGCUUUCGAUCAAGUGGAGCCACCUAUACCUGCCGCCAAGAGGCCUGAGUUUCAACGAUGUGCUGUGGCACAAUUCCGUGGCGGGGUCUUCCCUCGCUCACAAGCUGGAUGCCCUCCAUACGUUCCGUAGAUGUUUGUUGAUGUAGUUUUCUGUACAUAAUCAGUUUCUUGAUAAACUGAUGUUCUUAUGUC